AAUCUUAGAAACCUAUACAGGAUGGAGUAAAUUAUUAUUGGCAUUUUGCUCUUCUUUCUUAAAUUGAAUUGUAGCUGUAGGUUGAUAGCAACUUAAUGUUUAAAUCAUUAUGUAAUAGAAGCGAAUGGCAUUGUGUUUUGGUUUGGAGUCAUUUUUGAAGGUGUUUGUCGAGGGUCUCAGAUGAUCAGGUAUAAUGUUGCGUCGCAAACCGACACGUUUAGAGCUGAAAUUGGAUGAUAUUGAAGAAUUUGAGAGCGUGAAGAAAGAGCUUGAGAGUCGUAAGAAACAGCGUGAUGAAGUGGAUGUAGUAGGACCCAGUGAGGAGGCCGGAGCUGUGGGAAUGAGCAGUAACUUCAAGAGCAGGGAGCAGAUGGUUAAUGAGCGGAUUGGGUACAAACCCCACCCAAAGACAAACAAUCCAACAUCGCUGUUCCAAAAUUUCCAGUUCUAGGUAUCCUGCAGGCUUUGUGCCAAAUCAUACAAGAAGAAUCGAGCAGGCAAGAAUAUCCAGUGUCUGUGCUGAAAAAAAAAAAUACUGAAUUUUAAAUGUGACUGAGUGCAUUGCCUUGGAAUACCAUAGAUUUUCUUAUUUUACACAGUAAAGUACAAGAGUCACUUGAGUGAAAGUACAGUUUCAGACUGAGGCAUGGAAAACCCAACAAACUUUAAGUAUGCAACGUUUUGCACUGAACUGCCUGUUCUUAGUUUUUAAGGUACAUCCAUUACUUUUCUGCCUUCAGGUGUCUGCGUACAUAUUCCCUAAAAAUAUGCAUUAAAAAGGCUAGUGUCAUGCUUCCACACAACACACUGCUGCACUUUUACUAUUAGUUGCUUAUCUGAGCAAAACAGUGAAUUACGAACACAUUGCCAGUUUGUUGAACAUUCAAAUUUUGAUUUGUAAGUUUUUCACUUUGCACAUAAUCAGUAAUUGCUGUUACGUGUGGAAAAUCUUGUUUGAUAAGAUGUUAACAUUUUAAUAGAAGUAUUAAAUUUUUAAAGGGUUA